AAGACACAACUGUGCUUCUUCAGUAUGGGCAAAAGGCACACGGAACGAAAAAGUAUCAACAUCGGAACUUGGCCAGCGAAGAAAGUAUCGCAAUAGGAGUCGUAUUUUAGAUAAAUUCGUAUGCGGGAAGCAGAUUGUUGCACUGUAAAUCGUACUUUAGAAGGCAAACUUCUAUUAUUAAGGCGUUUAAUCAAUGUAAAGGUAGCAUUUGUUUUAGUCUGCUGAUGGGAAUGUGUCCACCCGGUAAAGGAGAAGCGAAUAAAUCGCUUCCCGAACAGUAGUUAACAAAUUAACAGCUGCUGGAAGGACCUGCUGGGUCGCUAAUUGCUAGAAAAAGUUCGUCCCAGACAAAGGUUAAAGGUUCGCUAGCGACUGCCCGGACAGACAACGCGGAGCCUUCCACGAUGGCGACAACGAAAUCCGAGGGAACGGUCGCCACCAUCAUCCGGCGCAAUCUUAGCUAUGGCACGGACGACACAAUCUCCUCCCGGCUCGAAAGUAUGGUCAACAAUGAGUUUUGCUCGGACGUGACGUUCAUCGUGGGUGCGGACAAAAAACGGAUCUACGCACACAAGCUGCUACUGGUGAUGGCUUCCGAAUACUUUUACGUCAUGUUCUUCGGCAACUUUGUCGAGGCGAACCGAAGCGAGGUAUCGCUGGAGGACGUCGAUCCGGACGUGUUUCUCGUGAUACUGCGCUACAUCUACUGUCUAAAGGUGGACAUCACGUUCGACAAUCUGCGGGACAUUUUCGACUGCGCGCAACGGUACAUGCUGACCGAUUUGCAUCAGCAGCUCGGCUGCUUCCUGAAGGAUCAGGUCGAGGAAACGACGGCACUGUCGAUCUUUAGCAUCAACCGGUACUAUGGGUACCAGGCGGUGGACGAAUGCUGCCUGGAGCUGAUCCGGAACAAUCCGCUGUACUAUUUCAAUCACGUCGAUUUCGCGACCAUCCACCGGGACUCGCUGUUUAAGAUAUUCUCGUCCUGGGCGAUCAACUGUACGGACGAUCAGCUGAGCAGUGCGCUCGACAUCUGGGAGGAGGCGAACCGGGACGAGGACACGCAGGAGCUGCGGAUGAUCGUGAAGCUGAACAAGCGGUACCACAACUGUCUGAAGCUGAUCGUGUUCGGGCAGAACAUGAACGAUGUGUUUGUGGAACCGGCCGACGAUCUCAAGCUGGCGGUCAUGUCCGACAUGCCGCUAUCACUGUACGGGCUGGGCGUUUACCUACCGUCCAAGGCGAACGUCAUCUCGGUUGAGUUGAAGAUUUACGAGGAGGAUAGCGAGGUUAGCUCGGACGUGUUCGAGUGUCCGAACCCGUGCAUCAGCACGGUACACGUGGCGGAUCUGUUCUUCGAGGAGGUGAUUAUGACGCCGCGAAAAAACUAUCGAAUCUCGAUCAACAUGUCGCCACCGUGCAAGCAGGUGUUACUGCGCGAACCGCGUACGUAUCAUGAAAAAAUCCGACUCGUCAUCCUGUACCCGCCGGGUGAUCGUAAACCGAUCGGGAUAGCGCACGUGUACUGUAAGGAACGUAGCCGGGAGCCGAAGAAGAAGUAAGCGGUAACGGCAUGUAGAGAGGCUACGGGGUGUUUGAAUAAUUCAGAAAUACGUUCCGUAGGUUUGAUUAUUUGUUUUUGUUUUGUUUUCUGUUUUAUACCUCUUCACCCUAUAUGUUCCUUCCGGCAGUCAGUGUCUCAAAUAUGGGCGAUAGUGUAGGCGGCGUAUAAAGUAUUGCGUGAGAAUAUAAAUGGAUUCAUGUGGCCCACCGGCAAAGGGUGGGAUUUUUCGACCAAAA